AGGAAGAAAAAGAACACAAGAUCGGAUUACAAGAUGGCGGUCUGUGGACGUUAGCAAGAAGGCCGUCAGAGUUGUUGUGUUCUCUGUGAAUUUUCCUCUUUGAUAAAAGGCCUCCUGUUAAGUUCUUUGACUCCGUUGACGUAAUGCGUUUAUGAAAUAGCUACCAGUGUUUUACAACUGUUGAUAACUUUACUUAGAAGUGCAUGUUUUUAAUAACAUGCGGGAGGGAGCGAAGUUAACAGGUCGAGGAAAACACCAGACGGGUUGAGGUGAUUAGCUUGUUAGCAGCCAGCUAGCCUGCUAGCUCGGGACUCGGGUUAACCAUGUCGGACACUCGGCGGCGAGUCAAAGUGUACACGCUUAAUGAAGACCGGCAGUGGGACGAUCGGGGCACUGGACACGUUUCGUCUACAUUUGUUGAACGGUUGAAGGGGAUAUCGCUGUUAGUUCGUGCGGAAUCUGACGGAUCACUAUUAUUGGAGUCGAAGAUAAGUCCCAAUACUGCAUAUCAGAAACAACAGGACACACUGAUAGUUUGGUCGGAAGCAGAUAAUUAUGACCUUGCCCUAAGUUUCCAGGAAAAGGCUGGCUGCGAUGAGAUCUGGGAGAAGAUUUGCCAGGUUCAAGGUAAGGACCCUGCCCUGGACAUCACCCAGGACCCCAUUGAUGAGUCGGAAGAGGAGCGCUUUGAGGAGAUUCCAGAGACAAGCCACCUGGUGGAGCUCCCUCCUUGCGAAUUAAGUCGCUUGGAGGAAAUUGCGGACCUGGUCACCUCUGUUUUGUCCUCGCCAAUCCGGAGGGAAAAACUGGCCCUGGCCUUGAUGAGCGAGGGUUAUAUCAAGAAACUCCUGGGUCUUUUCAGAGUAUGUGAAGACCUGGACAACAGGGAAGGUUUACAUCACCUCUAUGAGAUUGUCCGAGGAGUCUUGUUUCUCAAUAAAGCAGCUCUUUUUGAGGUGAUGUUUUCCGAUGACUGUAUCAUGGAUGUGGUGGGCUGCCUUGAGUAUGACCCUGCUCUGGUUCAGCCUAAACGACAUCGGGAGUUCUUGACCAAGACAGCAAAGUUUAAGGAGGUGAUCCCUAUCACGGACUCUGAGCUACGACAGAAGAUCCACCAAACGUACCGGGUCCAGUACAUCCAGGACAUCAUCCUGCCCACACCAUCUGUUUUUGAGGAGAACUUUCUGUCCACGCUCACCUCCUUCAUCUUCUUCAACAAAGUGGAGAUUGUCAGUAUGUUGCAGGAGGAUGAGAAAUUCCUUACAGAGGUCUUCGCACAGCUCACAGAUGAAGCCACCGAGGACAGUAAAAGGAGGGAGCUUGUAAACUUUGUCAAGGAAUUCUGUGCUUUUUCACAAACCUUGCAGCCACAGAACAGGGAUGCUUUCUUCAAAACAUUGGCAAAUCUGGGCAUUCUACCUGCUCUUGAAAUAGUCAUGGGAAUGGAUGACCUGCAGGUGAGGGCGGCAGCUACAGACAUCUUUUCUUACCUGGUGGAAUUCAGCCCCUCCAUGGUCAGGGAGUUUGUGAUGCAGGAGCCACAGCAGACAGACGACGAUGUGUUGCUGAUAAAUGUUGUGAUCAAGCAGAUGAUUUGUGACUCUGAUCCAGAGUUAGGAGGGGCUGUCCAGUUAAUGGGUCUGCUCAGGACGCUCAUCGACCCUGAGAACAUGCUGGCUUCAACAAAUAAAACCGAGAAGACAGAAUUCCUGAGUUUCUUCUACAAGUACUGCAUGCACGUCCUGACGGCUCCUCUUCUGGCAAACACACAUGACAAAAACUCAAAAGAUCUACAGGAGGGCUCAACUAAAAUCAAUCUGGUCUGUCCAGACAACUUCCAGACAGCUCAGCUGCUAGCACUGAUCCUGGAGCUUCUGACCUUCUGUGUGGAGCACCAUACCUAUCACAUCAAGACCUACAUCAUGAACAAAGACCUGCUCAGGAGAGUGCUGGUGCUAAUGAACUCCAAACACACCUUCCUCGCCCUUUGUGCCCUGCGUUUCAUGCGCAGAAUUAUUGGUCUGAAGGAUGAGUACUACAACAGAUAUAUCAUCAAAGGGAACCUGUUUGAGCCUGUCAUCAAUGCCCUGCUGGACAACGGCACUCGAUACAACCUCCUCAACUCAGCCAUCAUAGAGCUCUUUGAGUUCAUUAAAGUGGAGGACAUCAAGUCUCUCAUUGCUCACAUUAUCGAUAACUUUUACAAAGCACUUGAAUCAAUUGAGUACGUCCAGACUUUCAAGGGCCUGAAAGGAAGGUACGAGCAGGAAAAAGACCGUCAAAGUCAGAGACUCAAUAGAUAUCGCAGAGAUGCACGCUCAUUGGACGAGGAUGAAGAGUUGUGGUUCAAUGACGACGAAGAUGAUGAAGAUGGGGAGGCUGUUGAGAAGUGCCGCAUGGAGGACGAUUUCUCUGACAGCUAUGGCAAGUACAUGGAAGCCAAAAAAGGAGCUGCUAAUGGAGCCAAUGGUGCCAAUAAUAAUGGGAAAGCUGCUGUAAUCCCGCCUGCCUCACCAGCCGUCACUCCAAACAACAGUUCGACUUCCUCCGUCAAAACUGUUGCCCUUCCUGCCACACCAGUAGUGAAGACCGCUCUGGUUGGUUUGGUAGACUACCCCGACGAUGAGGAUGAAGAGGAAGAAGAAGAGGAGGAAGAGCAGUCACAGAGAAAGCGGCCUCGUCUGAGCUCUUAAAAGCAAACUGUCCUCUGUUUGGUCUAUAUGGAGGGACACUACGUCCUUACUAUCCUCCUUCCUCUGGUUGUCUCAUGCAUCCUCAGCCUGCUUGUGCCACCUGUCGGUCUCACCGAGGAGACGCACAAAGACAAGCUCCCACCUCACUCAGUCCCUCCUCAUCUUUGCUCCUCUUUUCUCCCUCAGUGAAGGAGAUGGGGAGCUUCUCUUUUGGAAAGGAAGACGGAUCAGUCUGCUCCUUCAGCCAGAUGAUUUUACCCCCUUUUUUCUCUGACUGUCUCCUCUUGGAGAUAACAAAUUCUCCUUUCUUUCUCCUGAGGAGAAACUCAUUGACCCUUUUAAACUCAUUCCUCCUCUUUAACUCUCCUUCUCUCUUUGUUUGAAUUCCUUCUAAGCAAAAUUCUCCUCUUCAUCCUCACUCCUAUGUAUCAACCAGAGAGGCUGCAGAGGUUGAAUAACAGUGCCAAGAGGGUUCCCAACUCUGCCCUGUUGCUAUAGCAACAGUAGCGGGGAAGCUGCGGUACUACAGCAGCCCCACAGGAUCCCUUACUUGUACUCGUUUUGAACUCUCUUCUCCAUCCGUCUCAAACCGGAACCCAUGAGCUCCAGAGAAAGAGGGAGCCAGAACACAACCAGCCAGCGUAUGAACUGUUGAGGGGGCCAGUCAGGCUAGCAGGACUAGCCGCCAUAGUGAUAGUAAAAGCUUGACUGGCUGAAGUAGUGUGUGUGCGCCGCCCCGCCACAGAACUGCUCACUGCAGUCGGGGAUACAGGCAGUGUAGAGGAAUCAAAAAAACAUUGAGAGACAAGGGAGGUGACAAAAUGUACCAGGAUGACAAUUCAGCAGUAUCGUGGCUUAGAUCCAGAGGAGCAGGACUCAAAGCCAUGGUGUCAGUUUGACCAAGGCUCACACACAACACAACACAGUGUCUCACACACAGGACUGCAUUAGCCAGAAAUCCUGUAUUUCAUGGCUUUGUUAAAAAUUACUGUACAGAUGUUUGUUUUUUUCUUUUUAAUCAUUCGCCCCUGAUCUGAUUUUGAAAGGGGAUACAGACACCUACCUACCUGUGUAUUUUUGUUGUCGUUGCACAAAAGGUGGGGUCACUGUUCACCCUUUCAGUCCAGUUCAUUUGAUUCAAUGUAAAAUGCAGAAAAGCUGCAAAUGCUGGUUUUAAAAAUAUAAUUAAAACUGCAGAUAAGUCCUUUUUUGCAGCCAACAUUUUGAGGAUAUCUGGAGUUUGUAUUUCAGUGGAUUUAAGAAGUUAGUGGCCUCAUUAAAAUACACAUCUAGCCCAGUUUUUGUUGUGACCAGGUGAAAAACCUGAGCAGUUGGCUUGCUUGAGAAUAGAUUUAGUGCUCACUAUUGUUUCAGGAGGUCCAGCUCCUCCCUCCGCUCACACAGAUCUCAGGUUCAGAGUUCAAUAGGCAUCAGAAACAAAAAAGCUCCCCAUCUUAACUGAGCAUACAUCUGACAUCCAGUCCUCGAUGGAAAAUUAUUGCUUUGAGUUAAUAGGGAGCUUGAAGUGCCAGUGUAGGGGUCCUGAAUGUUCAACACCACGUGAUCCAUUUAAAAAAUAUUCACCUUUCUUUCAGAUUGUCUAACUUCUAGUUUUCUCUGGCCUGUCCUCAAAAAAAGCUCUGCAGACAAAAAAUAGAUUGAAUGAAUUUUUUUUUUUAACUCUGUGAUUGGGUGAACUUUUUUUUAAUGAGUAAUUGACACAAACAACAAGCAGUGCUAUUUUUUAAAUCAAAUUCCAAAGUAUUUGAGACAGCACAGGUUUGACGAAGUGCGACAGUCAUGAGACAUUUCAAUGUCUGGUUCAACAUUUCUCCUGUUGUGUCCUCUCUCCUGGUCACACCAAUAGCUCUCUGAGGAAGGAAGUCCAAUUUAGCUUAAAGAAAACCUGCUGGAUCACACGGCCGUCUGAGUUACACCACAGGCAGCAGCAUUAGAGCACAAAUUAGACAAUUAUUUCCAACAUGCUUUUCAGGAUGUACAUGAGUACAUGAGCAGCGAAUUGUCUUUCUUACAGUCUGUAAGCGUUACCCAAACAAUAUGACUGUUUUUGCUCUCCCUUGAUGAAUUUGUACCAAGUGCAUUUACUACCACUAUCCAUUCUUAACAUUUGUAUGAGUUUAUUUGAUAUUUGAAAUUAAAUGUGACCCUGACUUUGAA